AUGGAGGGUGAGCGCUGCCGGCCCAGGCCGGCACUGCAGUUGGCGCUGGAGGGCUUCUGGGCUCCGCUGCAAAUACUGUCGCCAAAUGAGGCCCGGGAGGCGCUGUUGCAGCUGGAUGCGCAUGCUGCCCGGGUGAUCGGCCCCAAAGCCCGGGCCGAAGACCUGCAGGGCGCGCAGCGCUUCAAGGUGCACCUCUUGUAUCCCUGGGCCGCGGCCUUGGUGCGUUGCGAGGGGCUGCUGCGGGCGGCCAGGGAGGCGCUGGGCUCGGAGGAUCUGCUGGUCUGGUUCUCCGAGGUGAACGCCAAGGCAGCCCACUCCGACUGCCACGCAGCGCCACAUCAGGACGGCAUCUUCGCCAGCCUGGCGCCCAACGACGCGGUGGUGACGGCCUGGCUGGCCCUGACCGACGCGCCCGCGGAGAUGGGGGGCCUCUUCUUCCAGAAAGGCUCCCACCUCUUGGGCCAGCUGAGCCACACGGUGGACGACCAGGUUGACAAUCUCAUCGGCUUCCGAUGCUGCGAAGAGCCUUUGGAGGAGGAAGCCACGCCAGUGGAGCUGGGAGCAGGCGAAGCGAGCCUUCACACCUUCAGGACCCUUCACUGGUCCGGGCCCAACCUCACGGGGCUGCGGCGCGUGGGCCUGGCCAUCCGCUACGUCCGCGCGGACGUGGCGCGCAGUCGACAACUGCAGCGCCGGGAGAGCGCCAUGGUGGCGUGCGGGGCCUACCUCCCGGAGCUGGGAGCCUUCGACUUGGAGUCGGAGCCUUCCGAGGACUUCGGGCCUUUGGAGCAGGCUCAGCAUGCGGACGCGCUGGCAAGGGAGCAGGAGCCCCACGACCUUCAAGCGGAUUCCGGGGAGCCGGCACUUUUGGCGUAG